CACGAAUACCCCUCGUUAAUCCCCAGUUUUUCGCACGGCGUUUCAGUCGGUCGUUCAGGAUGGAAAGUCGCCAACAGCCUCCCUGGCAGCAGCCGCCCGCGCGAGCCGAUUCCCGUCUUCCUCCUCUCAAAGUAUGGAACUCUUUGACCAGAUCCAAGACCCCUUUCGUGCCCUUGGAUCCCGAAGGACGUAAAGUCAAGUGGUAUGCUUGCGGCCCGACUGUCUACGACGAUGCGCAUCUCGGCCACGCUCGAAACUAUGUCAGCACCGAUAUCCUACGACGUAUUCUCAAGGACUACUUCAAGUAUGACGUUCAGUUUGUUAUGAACAUUACAGAUGUCGACGACAAGAUCAUCCUCCGCGGUAGACAACAACAUCUGUUCAACAAAUACAUCACGGAACACCCCAAUGUUACCCCCGAAGUCCUCGAGACAGCCCGGUCGGCAUAUAGCGCCUACAUCAAGAAGAACCUUCCUUUGAUCAACCCCGACACGAAGCCCGAAGACUUUCUUGCGGAGGCCGACAAGGCCUAUGGGGUAGUUCUCAAGGGUGGCUCCUUGGAGGCAGACAAGAAGCCCGGUGAUGCGGAGACUAAAAUCAAGAUGCAUGUUAAAACUGCGACGGUGUCAUCUUCCGCAAUCGCGGAGGCUGCAAAGAAGCCCGAAACUUCCAGCCAGGCUUUCUAUGAUGCCACGAAGGAUGUAUUCUGCUACUACCUUGAUAUGACCGAAGGAUCAACGAUUCCCGGCGAUGCUUAUGAAAUUUUUACGAAGCUCACGAAGAAAUACGAAGACCACUUCAUGCGCGAUAUGAGAGAUCUGAACGUUCUCGACCCCGAUGAGAUCACAAGAGUCACCGAGUAUGGCCCACAAAUUGCCGACUUUGUCGAAAAGAUCGUUGCGAAUCAGUUUGGAUAUGUGGCUUCUGAUGGCUCGGUCUACUUCGACAUCAAAGCGUUCGAAGAGGCUGGCAACCACUAUGCUCGCCUCGAGCCUUGGAACAGAAACAACCAACCUUUGCAAAGGGACGGCGAGGGUGCUUUGUCUCGGGCAACUGAGAAGAAGUCCCCCGAUGAUUUCGCUCUCUGGAAGUCGUCCCGACCUGGCGAGCCUAGUUGGUCCAGCAAGUGGGGUCAAGGAAGACCCGGAUGGCACAUCGAGUGCUCUGCUAUGGCGUCAAGUUGCCUGGGAAGCCAAAUCGAUAUCCACUCGGGUGGUAUUGACCUUGCAUUUCCCCACCAUGAUAACGAGCUUGCUCAGAGUGAAGCCUACUGGCACGAGCACAAGCACCAGUGGGUCAACUACUUCCUGCACAUGGGCCAUCUGUCUAUUGCAGGCUCAAAGAUGUCCAAGUCCUUGAAGAACUUCACCACCAUCAGUGAUGCGCUUAAGCGCGGUGAUUACACUGCUCGCAGUCUGAGAAUUGUAUUCCUCCUGGGCGGCUGGCGCGACGGUGUCGAAAUCACGGAUGAGCUGGUUAAGAGCGCCUCUUCAUGGGAAGAGAAAGUCAACAAUUUCUUCGUUAAGGUCAAGGAUCCUUCCACAUACCAGACUUCCACCACCGAUGCGGCGUCGACCGAGACCUUGACACAGGCCCUCAAGUCUACUCAAGACAAGGUCGAUGAGCACUUCUGCGACUCUUUUGACACUCCCAAAGUUAUGGCUGCUAUCUCUGAGCUGAUCACCACUUUGAACUCGCUCGACAUUCAUACCCUUGAGCCCCAGGCUAUCGAAUCAACUGCCAAGUGGGUAACACGGAUUGUGACUAUUUUCGGUCUGAACGGGGCCACUCCUGCAGACAAAUGUGAAAUUGGCUGGGAGGGUACCGAUAUCCCCGAAGUGGCCAAGCAAUACUUGUAUCCUCUAUCUGCCAUGCGUGACUCACUGCGUCAGGCUGCAAUGUCCGGAACCCAGAUCACAUCAGACAAAGUCAAGGAAAUCAUUGAUGGAGCGGCACCGAAAACCGCGGACGUCACCGAGGCAGCCAAGCCUUACUCUCAGGUGCUGGAUGAUUUCUGCGCACAGCUCUCUUCGUUGAGCCUCGAAGAUUCGAAGAGUUCUGCGAAGGAGAUUCUUUCACUUUGCGAUCGUUUGCGCGAUGCAGACCUUUUCAAUCUAGGUAUCUACCUUGAGGACCGCGAGAACAAGCCAGCUCUCGUCCGCCCUGUCACCAAGGACAUGUUGCAAGCCCGUGAAGAACAGGCUCGAAGGGCCCUGCAGAAGCAGCAAGAGAAAGAGAAGAAGGAGCGACUCGCUCAGGAGAAGCUUGAUAAGGGAAAGCUCAGCCACCUUGAGAUGUUCAAGACGAGCGAGUUCAGCGCUUGGGACGAGGAUGGCAUGCCAACCAAGGAUGCUGCUGGCGAGCCCCUCGCCAAGAGUCGGGGUAAGAAGUUGAGGAAGGACUGGGAACGUCAGAAGAAGGCUCAUGAAGCCUGGCUUGCCAGCCAGCAAGUAAAAUAGUAAAGUAGCAUAUGGGAAAAGGAAUUGAUGCAUUUUUCAGCGGG